UGAAGACUCCUUUGGGGUACUUCCCGAUCACCACUUUUAGGGGUUAUGUGUUUUGCUACUGUUUGGCACUGUUUUAUGGAUUCAAACAAUUGGUUGCGAUUAUCACAGAAUUACUGUCCAAAAGGAGUAAUGUAUUCAAAAUCAAACCAAGACCUCAACCACCGGAAUGCCUGUUAGACAAGCGAUUGGGUCAACACAACUUUAUCCGCACAAAAAAUCUAAGACUGCAUUACGUAUCAAAUGGUGAUCGGAGUAAACCAUUGAUGCUAUUCCUUCACGGAUAUCCCGAAGUGUGGUAUUCCUGGAGAUACCAAUUGCCAGUAUUCGCUAAAAACUACUUUACGGUCGCACUCGAUAUGAGAGGUUAUGGAGAUUCAGACAAACCUAAA